AUUAUGGCUUUAGUUACAAUACAACGUUCCCCGAGCCCAAGCACUGAUCCUGAUUUGGUAAUUUACUCCUGUCUCUCAUAGGACAUACUUACACUUACAUACUUCACAUAGACAUAGAAAUAUGAUUUAAUGAUGAUAGUGAUAGAUCUGAUAGAUACUAAAAUUUAAAUAAAUCUGUUGCUGACUAACCAUAUAAUUUAACAAAAAUGCCAUUUUCACUAUUAAUUCUUAACUUUUUUUUAUAUAUUGUCAUGUUUUAGGCCUAAAUCAGAGUUUAACUUUGCUCUAUUUAGCCUACUUUUUUAUUUGAAGUCUAAUAGUAAUUGUGAAAAAUUUUAAGAAUGACUCUCAUUAGUGUAGUCUACUUAAUUUUAAGUAGGUUCUACUUCUUUAUCAUGAUCAUAUCAUGUCUUUUUUGUUGAUACUUGACGAUGAUUGAAUUAAAGUAUUACCCUAGGCCUUGAAUCAACGCUUAAUUUAGAACUUAGUAAAAGUGGGGUAAGCGGUAAGCAUUUAAAUUCUCGUAGAGCCUAGAGUGUUAAAGACUUUGACUCACUAUUACUAUUAUGUAAUUUUGUAACAAAGAGCCUACUCUAGUUCUGGUGUUGGCAAACUGGGGUAAAUUGCCCCCAGCCCGGUCAUAGUCACUUGUGCAGUAAAAAUAAAAAUAGCUCAUUAGACAUUAAAACAAUUAAUUAAAAGCGCAUCCUUUGUAAUGACAGAAAUGGGUUUUAUGGCAACACUACAUCUCUCAUCUGUGAUAGGGAAAACACCCAUCAAGUUGUGCUCUGUCUUAUUAGUAGUGGCUCGGCCUAGCCUAUCCAACUAUUUCUAUUUUCUAUAUUUUCUCUUUUAAACCAUGGGGUUAACAUCAGUGUAAACAAAUAUAUUUUUGAGUAAUAGCUAAAAAUGUUUGCCGUCCCCUGCUCAUAGUAGAUCAAUUAACCUAGUCUCCUAUAGGCUUACUAUUUAUCACAAUAAUAAGCCUGCAUUACAUUUGUCGGGUAUAAUUGUUUUUAGGUUAAUGUCUAUGAGUAGGCCUAAUACUAAAAUAAAAAAUAUAGGCCUAAUUGAGAAAAAUCAUUAGCCGUGCUUUUUAAGUCAUUUACAUUUAGUUGAUUUCAAUUAAACAUUAAUUUUAUUUUAGAAAGUUAAUUUCACUUAGUUUUUAUGUAUUUUCUUUUUGGUUUAAGAUUGUCUAAAUUAUUUACUAUAAAUAGAUCUGCAUUUUGUUUUUGACUUUAGGAUGGAGUUGACAGUACAGAAGAUGUCAGUGAAGGCAGGUCUCAGUUACGGAAAAGGUAUAGAUCUAAUUAUAUAUUCUCCAUUCAAAAUAGCAAUAAAGUUUUGUCAUUUUUUUUUUUUAAGCUUUCAUUUCUUAUUUAUAUUUUGACUUGGUAUAAUUUUAUCUGUUUUCAAAUGUUAAUUAUUUAUGCCACUGAUUCUGAAUUGUGUGAAUAAAUUUUAAAUGGAAAUUUAGGUGUAUUAAAGUAGUUUUUAUAUCUUGUUGGUUCUCUUAUUAUUUUUUACACAAUGCCAGUAUUUCAGUUAAUUAUUGCCUGGAAUUUCUUUAUUACUUUAUAUAUCUACUUAAGUGUAGAAUGCACUUAAGUUGUAGAGGUAUUACUGAAAAGUGUCACUAUAGUCCUUGCCUAUAAAAAAAGUUAUGAUUUCAAAAGUAUCUCUUUUUGUUCAAACCUCAAUAGGGUUACAAAAAAUUGAGUAAGAUACUCACUCGCCCCUUCUUCUCCCAGACUUAAGACUCUUGGUCCCAAACUACAAUGUGUCAACAAAAAUAAUACUUUCGAAGUUACUACAUAGAAAGAAGCUACACCUUCAAUGAAUGAUGAAAAAUAUAUUUUGUUUUUAGUUAUUUUUUUUAAGCUUUCCUAGACCAAGUAUUUAAAAAGUGACCUUCAAAAAGUUAAAAGUUUUUUCAGAUUUUAAACUGGGAAAAACAGAAUAUUUUGUAGACUAUUUAAUUGGAUUAGUGCAAAUAAUUUUUUUUUUUUUUUUUUAAAAAAAAGCUAUAUUUAAAGGCAAAUUUAAUAAAUGGCCAUGUUAAAGAAUAUUAAAUUCUGUUAAAAAUAGAAUAAACCCAAUAUAUUAUCAAUUUAUCAUUUUCAACCACAUAGAGGGCUGCAGGUGUAAGACCCAACUAUCAAUUAAAUUAGACCGCUUCAAAAUAUAAUUAAUUUUUGUAUAAUUCUAAUAUAGAAACAUCUAAUGCAUCAGCUAGUACCGAGCUGUUGUCCAGAUUUUGUCUAUAGGUAGAUGAAAACUCUCUUUAUCAUUUUUCCUACCACUUCAAUAGUCAGCUUUCAUAGUGGUUUUAUUUCUUCUCGUUCAUGGUUAUGUCAACUGCAAGUAGUGUCCUGCUUUGGAUAUAAUUUUUUUAACAUUUGUUUUUUUGUUUUGUUAUUUUUCAGCUUUUAUUUACUAAACCCUCUUUGUGUUUCUUAAAAAAAGAUACAUUCACUAAAGUUUUUUAAAAAAAUUAAUUUGUGGUUAUUUCAUUUGAAAUCCCUUGUCGGAACAAAAAUUAUUUUUAAUGAAACAAAGUAGAAAUGAACAGUGGGUACCUUAUGUUAGUUUCCUCAGAUAAUUAAGAAUGAAAUGAUAAUUUUUUUAAUAAUGUAUUUCAGCAAGUGACAUUAAAUUAAUUUAUUUAUCUAGUGUACAAAGUUAUGAAAUUCUUCAGCGGAAAAAUGUAUUUAACUCCUUGAGGCAUGACAAUUUCUUUUAAGUAAUGCUUUGAAGAUUUAUUGUAAAACUGUAUUUUAAUCUUAGUUGUUUAUUUUUUCCAUAUUGGGGCUUUGCUCAAAACCAUUUUUAUUCGCAUGUUUUCAUGGAUAAAUCUUAGGUAGCACAUUUAUAAUUUUCACAGUUAAAUGAAUUACUACUAUUGGAUCAGCACAUAACAGAAUCCAGUUCUAUUUUUAUCUUUCAAAUUUCUUUUCAGAAAGAGAAUAAGGUUUUAAAAUUCUAAUUAACAUUUUAACUUGAUAACAUUAUUUUUAUAUUGAUUUUUUUUUUAAAACAGUACACAAAUGUUCUCAUAUAAUUAGUUUUUUUACAAAAUAAUGCAAGAUGAAUUAAAAUACCCAAAUGAUUCCUUCAUGUUUUACUUUAACCUCUCACUGUAUCUUUUAAUACUAAAUACUAAUCAACUAAAUUAAGUUAGUUUUUUUUUUUAUAAUAAUGACUGUUUUAUAGUUAGUAGGUAUUUCCAAAUUAUGGUCUCAGCUUUGAAACUGUAAAGGGAAUUAAUUUGUAAAGGGAAUUAAUUAUGUUACUUCAAUUGUUAACUUAAACAUUUGACCACAUUUUUUUUUUGACAGCAAAUGUGUGUUCAAAGCUCCUGAUCUCCAAGUCUCCCUUAUCAAUAAUUUUUUGUGUCUUUCUGGUGCAGCUUUAAGCCUCAUUAGCUUCCUGCAGCUUAUCAUAAUAUGGGUACAGUAAUAUGAAAAUAGUUAAACGACAACCAAUAUCCAUGUUUUUAAAAAGUUUGACGGUUGCUGUUGUCUUUCUUUUUUCUGUACAUGGUUAAUGAGAUUUCUUAUGUUGUCUUUGCUGAGGCCUUUUCUUCACUAGCUAACACAUACAAAAUUAUGUUUUCUCAUAGUUCCAGAAUUUAUAUUAUGAAAAAAGUAUUUAAGUGGAAUGCAUUAUAAGCCUUGAAAACCUGACAGAUGUCAAAUGUGAAGAUAUAUUUUGCUCAUGGGACAAACAUUUUUACCCAAUGUUUAUAACAAAGAAUGCAGGCAUUUUCAUUUAUAUGUUUAUAAUUCAUAUACCUAGAAUUCAAUAAUCAUCUUGUGAACACAAUAUGGUGAUAAUUGGUAGUUUAUAAUAUCCCUGUAGUUCAGUGUUUUUCAAUUCGAAUUACACUCUAUGUUGUUCUUGGAAGGGGUGAGGGUUGCGCUAAAAGAAAAUUUAGUAAGGAUAUGCGCCACAUAAAUACUCCAAUGGACUGUCAGAAUAAAGGGUAUUUUGUAAUCCUUUGAUUUGUGAGGAGAAAAAUGUUUUAAAAUGCUAAUAUAGAAGAUUCAUUUGUGGGAUCUCAUUAUUGUUUAUUCGUUAACAUGGGAGAUUAUUUUUGUUGUUAAAUAAAUUUUGGAUAAAUAUUAAAGAAAAUAUAUCAAUAAAACAUUUCAUGAGACAUAAAUAUAUCUUAUAACUUUUAGUGACAACAAAUGGAAGUCAGAACAGAAAUAAGGGAAACUAACUUUUUAAACAACAAUGAUUUAGCCCAUAUAGUCCUAGACUAGUGGCUACCAAUCUGGGAGUGUAUAUACACAUAUCAUCCAAAAAAUUAUUAAAAUUUGCACAUGCGUUAAUCUCCCCAAACUCCCACUGUAAAUGAGUAAAAAAAAAUGUUUUGUGCCACUGCCCUAGACUGAUUUAGCAUUGAUAUAAUCUCAGCACCUUCAUCUGCUUUGUUCAACACUUGCUUUCAGAUCAAAGACGCCUAAGGAAAAGCUGAGAAAAAUAUUCAGCACUGUGCGCUUUAUCUCAAAGCUUAGGCCCUGGUGAGCUGUGGAUUACCUUCACAUACACACACACACAUGCAUCUUGGCUAAACUUAACCCAUCUGAGCAUUCUGGGGAGUCUUGAAGCUCCACAUGUACCCACCUCAACAUUUAUAACUUUCUUUUUCCUAACACAGAUUUGAACAAGCAUGGAAUGAGCUGUAUAUUAUGUUCUUAAUAAUAUUAUGGAAUGGCCAAGUUUACAAUAGAGACAUUUUAAUGUUGAUCCAGCUUAAGUGGGGGCUUUUGUUUAACAUCACACCCAAUUUGGUUCUUAUCUCAUUUGUUCACCAAAAGUAUGAAAAUGGUAGGUUUAUUUUUUUUUAAAUAUUUACUUUAUAAAUAAUCACAUACUAGUUCUAUCACAAAUGGGUUUCCACUAAAUAAAGGUGACAUUCUUUUUUCAUCACUAAGUAUAAAAUUACAAUAUUAUAUUCUGCAUAUUCUCUGAAGUGGCCUUGGAGCUAUUCUGCUGAAAAUAUACUUAAAUCUACAAUGAUGAGAAUAGAUUAUAAGCAACAGUGAUUUAUUUUGGCACAAUAUUUGAUCACAUUAAAAUUUCAACAACAAAAAAAUAUAUUGAAAAUAUUUCAUUCUAACAUGUUAUAGGUCUAAUAUUAAUUACAUGUGAAGGCCUAGUUUUUAAGGUUAGAGCUCCUCCAUUCUGUGGUCAACUCUUGUUCUUUUCCUGCUUAACUGUUAGCCUCAAGAAACGUUGCAGAAAACAAAAAAAAUGGCAUACAAUUAUCUCUUUUUGUUUUAUUAUUUUUAUAUAUUAUUUUUAUUUGUUUCAUUUUUAACCAAAAAGUAUUUAUGGAAGAUUUAAGUUCAUAAGCUGUAGGGGUAUAGAUAAUUACUGUAUUGUUUGGGGAGUAAUUAUCAUCUGGUCGAUGGAUUUCAGUGCAAACUUCCUUGCAUGGAUUUCAGUGCAAACUUGCAUUCAAAAAAUUUCAUUUUCCUGUUUUAUAUUAUUCAAUGCUAAAUUAUCACCAUAAUACAGAAAAAAAAUAAUGAAGUACGGUAUAUAGUCAAUGCUAAAAAUGAUUUACAAGUGACUACUAAAUAUAACUGUAGGCUCAGAUUGGUUGGAUCAUUAAAUAGGUUUCAAUUAAAAUAUACAUUGAAUUAAAGGUUUGUUCAGUUUAUAAUAAGUUUUAUAGCAACAAUUUUUUUUUAAAGUUAUAAGCAUACAUAAUUUAAUAUAAAUUCUGUAUUCUCUCUAAUUCCAUCAAUUGCUUUCUUCUGAGAGUAACUACUGUAAAAUAUAUUAAUGUUAAUUACUGAAGCUUUAAAUCUGUAUAGUUAUUUUUUUAGUAGUUAACUUUCGUUCACAUACAAAAGAUCAUAACAUAAAUUAAUCUCAUUACAAUUUUCAUCUUCCUAACAGUGCAGAAUAAUUAAAUGUUUUUUAAUAAAAAUAUUUAUUAGUUGUACUAAUUUAGAUAAUAUUUCAGCUUUUUUUAAAAUUCCUGUUUUACUUGGCCUUUGGUGAAGUUUAAGGGUAUAUUUAUUUUUUUUAAAAAGCUGUUAUGAUAUGUUUACUUAUAAUUUGUUUUGUUUAUUCCUUACAUAUAAGCUGUCCCAACUGCUUUGCCUUUAGCUGCUUAUAAACAUCACAUUUCACAUGUAAGCUGGAUGCAUAUAAGCCAUAUUACGUUCUUUGCAUGCUAUUAUUUGCUAUGAUCCCUUAUAUUUAUUUUAAGGAAGGAUUUUUUUUUUUUUUAAAGCUCAGUUAGAUAUACAUACGCACACAAGUUUUCAGGCAUCUUUUAACUUCAGGACAUCUAAAAAUCUUCUUGGCUUAGAAUUUUAUUUACAGUAUGCUUAUUUAACAGAUAAUGACUUAAUUAUUUUUUUAAAAGGUAUAAAUAGUUUGUUGUCAUUGUUAAUAACUGUGUCUUUUCUUUCAUGUGGUAUCAUCACAUUUAAAUUAUAAUUGAAAAAUGUUGGUGGACUAUAUGACAAUACACAAAAGCUAUCAAAGAUGUGUAAUCUUAUUGAUUUCUUAUUACUAUCUCGUACAAUUUCUUCCAGCCUUUGCUAAACUGUAGCAGCCAGCAUUGAUCUGUAGACCUAUCUGGCAAUGUUAAUCAUUAAUGCCGUCUGCUGCUGGGUUUUGAAAUCUGGUUCGGCACCCUACAUGCCACAACUCAUUCUGUUUGAUAUUACAGCUACAGCACGUUUACAAAUUGGUUUAUGAUUAUUUUUGUUAACCUCUGGCAAAAUACUUUUCUUGAAGUGGAAAUACUAACUGUCCUUUUUAUAGUGUUGUGGAUUGUAGUUAAGAAAACUUCUAUUUGAGUUUGGGAUAUACUGUGGCUUUAUUUGAAUGGCAAAUGACUGUUAAAAAAGCAACUUACUAGCAAAUUAAUGAUUUUUUAAAAAGUUGUACCUUCAGUAAUCUAAGUAAUGGUAUCCUAAAGUCUCUUUCAUAUUUUUUCAAUAAAAAUAGAGUUUUGUUAUAAUAAUUGUUGAAUAUAAAAUAAAAGUUUAUGUAUUAAACUAUUCUAAUAAAAAAAAAAGAAUUUAAGAUUUUAUAUUUAUGCACAUAUAUAUAUAUAUAUUUACAUAUAUUAAAUAAUGUUUGUAAGAAAUUGACUUGUAUGUAACAAUAAUCAGUUUCAGAAAUAAAUGGUAUAUAUUUUUUGUCUGCCAUUUAUUAUUAAAUGAAUCCCAUUUUUUUUUUGUUGCAAAAUUCUCAUUAAACUUGUCUAAAGAUGUCAAAUUUACAUUGUUUUCAGCUUAAGUGAGAGUUACUUCACUGUGAAGGGGGCAGCACUCAUCCUCCCCCACAAUGAGUGCACCAAGAAAACAACUAAGAAAAGUCAUGGAGGUAAUCUCAUUAUCAUAAACAAUUUAUUUUACUUAGCAUCAAGUCCUAAACGUGACUAUGCUGUGAUAGGAUCAAGCAGUGGCACAAUUUUUUUUGUUAAAAAAUAUUUUUACAGGUGGUAUGUUUAUUUGGUUAAUUUCAUUCCAUCAGCCUGUUAAGGCUAAUUUAACAUUUUGCUUUAAAAAAAAUACAUCCUGGUAUGUUUAUUUGGUUAAUUUCAUUCCAUCAGCCUGUUAAGCCUAAUUUAACAUUUUGCUGUAAAACAGAAAUUGUAUCUAUAUUUUUACAUUUUUAAAAAAUUCAUGCUGGUCUGCUUUACCAGGAGAGAUACAGAGCCAUCUCCAGGCCAUGUUACACCUAUUGAGACCAGAGGACACCAUUAAAAUUGUAAGAAACCUUUAUAAUGAUCAAUGUACAAUUUAGAUUCAACUAUUUGGAAGGAGAGAAAAACAGACUCUGAAAUAAGGAAAUUUGUGCCAUGUGGAUAAAAAUAGAGUGUCAACACUUUUAAUAUUUUUGGAACUUUUUUUACCUUGUUUUUAACAGAGAAAGAAAAUAUUAUUUACAGCUCAUGCCUCAGAAGAUUUAAUAUUUUUAUUUUCUUCAAAAAGUGUUAACAGUUAUGACUCCAACUUUUUAAUCCUGUAGCUCCAGCUUACUCAAUUAAUUGACACCUGUGGGUACCUGCUUCACCAAGAUUUAAAUAAGUUUAAAUGUUACAUUUUUCUUUUACUUUUUAAUGAAAAGUGGGUUGAGAGCAAAUGAUUAAAGGCCGCCUCCCCUGAUUUUUGCCCAUCCCUUCUCCUUAAUAAAGUUUACUCUCCAUGCAGGCUGUCAGACUGGAGGAUGCCUUUAACUUAAACCGGUACAUGGCACUUGUUUCCACCCGAGGUCGCCAGGACACAGAGGAGGCAGUUAUCCUUGGGAUCGACUGUACUGCAACUGAUGCUUCCAUUGGUCUGGUGCUGCCUGUCUGGAUGGGGCUCAAAAUAAAACUCGGAGGAGAUGGGUAAAUAUACCCCAUUUAAAUAUUUUUAAAUGUGCUCAUUAAAGCACUGGUCUAAAACUCAAAGGCUUCAUGCAAUUAUACUUAAAGCACUCGGGCAACAAAGUCAACAAAUUUAAUUUGACAUUCAAAAUUGGGGUACAUGAUUACAUUAAUAUAAUUUUGGAUUGGUUUCUAUUGCAUAAACAAAUUCUUUGAUAAAUUACAGAUUAUUACUUUAUUAAAAUGAAUAUUCCAUACAAUUUAUUUUUAAUUUUUAAGGUACAUCACUAUUUUUACCACUACCCUCUCCACCUUGCCCCACUCACUCACUCUGAUUCUACCCCUGUAAAUGUUUUCUUACUCUUAGUUUCUAUAUCAUAAUAAAUAUGAUAUGCUGCAUCAGUCACUCUGUUUGAGAAAAGACCAUCUUAUUACAUAUUACUUGAUUGAUUAUUUCCAGAGGCUUCAGCCUGUGCACAGAUGAGCAGCAUUAUUUGUUUAAGCCUGUCUCAGUUCAAGCUAUGUGGUAAGCUUUCUGUUAGUGAGUUCUGUACAGUGUUGUGUGGAUACACAUCUUGAAGGAGAGCUAGCGGGAAGCAGUAGUCUCCCUUUCUUUGGCACAUUAUCCCACUAUCCCCUAUCUAUGUUGUGUUGUUUUUGUUGUUUUUUUUAGACACAAGUGGGGGGGGGGGGGGGGAGGGAAAAGGAAGUCUAUUUUCUUAUUACCUGGAACUUCCAUUUUUUUCCCACAAUUGUGACUGUAAGUUAAACUAAAUUUAACAAAUAUUUUGAAAAUUAACUCUUUAUUUGCCUGUAAUGGUGGGUAAUUUUUAAUCUCUGGGCAAGUCAUUGCUCUUCAACUUCUGCAAUUGGGAAUUUUUUAAACUUCCUUUUGUUAUCCUCUUAAAAUGUGUCAUCUAAAAGCAUCUAGUAGCUAGAUUUGAUACAUUGAUACAUUUGUUUAAAACACCAUCCAAGGUCCGCCAUUCAGAGUUUGUUCAAGGUGAUGCAUGUAGCUGAGGAUAUGAAGUACAUACAUGAUGGUCUGACCCAUACGUGGGUGGGCUACUACAAGUCACGUAUUGACAGAAGAGAUUCCAGAGCAAGUCAAUGGUGAGCAAUUCAGAUAACUUUUGUAAAUAGGAAGCUAAAUAAAUUAUUUCUUGGUAAUAAUAAUUUUUAUUAUAUUUUACUUUAAUAUAUUAUCAGUGUAAUGAUAAAUUUAAUUAUAACCUUUCUGGUUGGUUUCAUUUCUGAAUUAUCGAGAGAAUAGAAAUUCCAAAAAUUCCUGGAUUUUUUUCCCAUUUUGAUGUUUUUUUUCCUAUUCACAGAAUCUGGGCCAUGAACUAAUUUUUAAAUUUUUCCAUUACGUUUCAGGAAUGUGGAGGGAGUGGAAGUGUUUGCACCAUCCAGCCUUUCAAUCAAAUCAGAUGAGUGAGUUUUAUUGUUUCAUUUUAUUCUCCUAAUUAUUGUGGCUGGUCAAGAUUCGUCCGUUUGUUUAUCUGUUCAUCUACAUUUUGUUCACUUUGUUAUGUCAAAAAUGUGCACUAAGAAUUUUAUUUUAAUUUUUUUUUUUUUUUUGGUACUUCUAUUUUGUUUGUCUAAAUAAAAUUUUUUUUAAAAAUAUGGAUGACAAAUUUUUAUUUUACUGACAAUUAUUACCACAUAUCCCAUUUGGUUUGUGAUAUUUGUUUUUUCUAAUAAGAAGGACUAAUAACACCCAAUCUGAUCGGCAUCCUUCCGUCUCGUGAGACGAUGAUAAAGUGUUUGAAAUCAAUGAUGAUGUGGAAUGUCCAUUAUUUGAAUGAAUGAACAUCUUAAGAUAUUUUCCUUAUCUGUGAUUUUUAUUCAUCAGCUUUUCAUGGGUAAAAAACACAAACCAAACAUAGUGUUUUUAACUUUGUAAUAAUUUUCUUAAACCAAUUUUCAGUGAAAAUGAACUCAUGAAAAUCAAAAUUGCCAUCAGUCAGAAGUUGAAGGAGGUCAUGAUGACGGUGGAUUUGGACGAGGCCACUUCAAUCAUGGUAAAACAAUCAAGUGAUUGUGUUAUAAAAAGUAGUCGCCAAGUAUUAAUAUUUACCACUAGUUUUUUUAAAAAAACUUUUUAAUAAUGUUUACAUAUUUAAUAACUCUUUACACAUACUUUCUUGACAAGUUUGGUCUUGUGUCAAUGAUUAGUUUUAAAGUCAAUUUUCCUGUUUGAAAACGGCGUCACAGAAUUCAUGUGGGUUAACCCUAAUUAAAUAUUCUAAAGAUAUAUCAAUGAUGAAAUGGCUCCUACAGCAUUAGUUUUACUGGAGGCGCAAGGACUGACUUUUGUUUUCGAUUGGCUGUCAAUGAAUUGAAAGCAUAGUGUUUAAUGUCACUUUUUUUGCACGACCGUGCUGUGUUUUAGCUGAGGAAGAAAGUGGAAGAAGGCUUGAACAUGUCACUGACGGCUUUCAAGGGCUACUUUGACGAGGAAGUCAUGAGAAUCCUGGGACAGAUGGAUGCACCCUCGGAGAUUUUGGACUAUUUAUAUCUUGGCUCAGAAUGGAACGCAUCAAACUUAGAGGAGCUUAAUAAUAAAGGGUAAUGUAGUGUACAGCUUAAUAAUAAAGGGUAGUGUAGUGUACAGCUUAAUAAUAAAGGGUAAUGUAGUGUACAGCUUAAUAAUAAAGGGUAAUGUAGUGUACAGCUUAAUAAUAAAGGGUAAUGUAGUGUACAGCUUAAUAAUAAAGGGUAAUGUAGUGUACAGCUUAAUAAUAAAGGGUAAUGUAGUGUACAGCUUAAUAAUAAAGGGUAGUGUAGUGUACAGCUUAAUAAUAAAGGGUAAUGUAGUGUACAGCUUAAUAAUAAAGGGUAAUGUAGUGUACAGCUUAAUAAUAAAGGGUAAUGUAGUGUACAGCUUAAUAAUAAAGGGUAAUGUAGUGUACAGCUUAAUAAUAAAGGGUAAUGUAGUGUACAGCUUAAUAAUAAAGGGUAAUGUAGUGUACAGCUUAAUAAUAAAGGGUAAUGUAGUGUACAGCUUAAUAAUAAAGGGUAAUGUAGUGUACAGCUUAAUGAUAAAGGGUAGUGUAGUGUGCAUCCUAGUAAUAAAGGAUAAUGUAGUGUGAAGCUUAAUAAUAAAGGGUAAUGUAGUGUGAAGCUUAAUAAUAAAGGGUAAUGUAGUGUGCAUCCUAGUAAUAAAGGAUAAUGUAGUGUGAAGCUUAAUAAUAAAGGGUAAUGUAGUGUGAAGCUUAAUAAUAAAGGGUAGUGUAGUGUGCAUCCUAGUAAUAAAGGAUAAUGUAGUGUGAAGCUUAAUAAUAAAGGGUAAUGUAGUGUGAAGCUUAAUAAUAAAGGGUAAUGUAGUGUACAGCUUAAUAAUAAAGGCUAAUGUAGUGUACAGCUUAAUGAUAAAGGGUAGUGUAGUGUGCAUCCUAGUAAUAAAGGAUAAUGUAGUGUGAAGCUUAAUAAUAAAGGAUAUUAUAGUGUGCAGCUUAAAUUUGAAGGGAAAUGUUAUGUACAGCUUAAUAAUAAAAGGGAAUGUUGCUGGUAGUGUGUAAUAAAAGGAUGAAGGAGAGUCAAUAAAUUUUAAAAACAAAUGUUACAAAAAAUGAUUUUGAAUAGUAAUGAUGGGGAAUUAGUAGAAUAUAUAUAUAGGAAAUACUUCUAUGAAGGGGGUUAUCAAAAAAAAAAAUUAAAUAAUAAUGAAUAUUUAACUUCAUUUAGGGCAGAUAAAUGUAAGAAAAAUUUUGUCAGCUGGAGUCAGGUGUCUGUGAAUGAUUCAAGGCGUACCAAACUGAAAAUAUUCUUUGAGUUCUAUAUAUUUUUAUGUAAACAAACCACACACAAAUGCAUGUACCCUUAGAUCAGUGGCUCUCAACCUUUUUAGUGCCGCGACCCUUUAAUACAGUUUCUCGUGUCGUGGCGACCCCCAGCUACACAAUUAUUUCCGUUGCUUCUUCAUAGCUGCAAGGAUAUGUUUUAAGAUGGUCUUAGGCGACCCCUGGAAAAGGGUCCCGCGACCCACAGGUUGAGAACCGCUGCCUUAGAUAAAUGUAAAAUUUUGUCAAAUGCAAAUGUUGAUGCAUAGUUUACUUAUCCAAUUUUUUUUUUUAAUUUUUAAAUAAAUUAGUUAAGUAUGCUAAAAUUCUAUCUUCACGCUUCUUCAGGAUCAACUAUAUCCUAAAUGUGACAAAGGAGAUUGACAACUUCUUUGUAGGAAUGUUUCAGUAUUACAAUGUUCGGGUGCAGGAUGUGGAAGAGGCCGACCUGUUGAAACACUGGGACAAAACCUACAAGUUUAUUGCUAAAGCCAGGUGAGCUGCUGAUAGCAUGCAGGUCAGCUUGUAUAUGGUUUACAAGUAUUAAAUCAAAGACGACAACAUGUUAAAAGAAUUGGGUGAAUUGAGUAGUGUACUUUAUUUUUAAAUGGUUGCAAUUGAGGCAGUUGACCUAUUUACAAACUGGCUGUUGAUUAGCAAUGCUAAUAAUAGGUUAAAUUUGUGAUAAGAAACUAUUAGGGUUAUGUAACACCCCUACUCUGACAUGGCGUGGGAGCUUAUUUCUUAUGCUGUGGGUUAUGUCAGUAGUAUGGUUACUUAUGUUAUGUUUAUAUUUCAGGAUGCCGACUAAGGCUUCUUCAUUCUUCCACUUAUAAUCCGGGCACGCAAAUAAGAAUACUGAAUCCUGGUUAAACUUACAGUACUUUAUUGAACACACUUUAUAUUGAUAAUAAUAAUAAAUAAUCCUUGCAUGAAUGUAAUUUCACAUAUAUAUCUAUAGUAUUCCAUCAUUAAGAAAGACACGUCCUCACACUAAACUGUCAACUGUCUAAUCACACAGCUCUCACGCUACUGACUGACUCUACUGCUCUGCGCUCAGCUCUCCUUAUCUCAGUCAACUCAUACUUCAUUACCAGCAAAGCGUGCAAAACGACCGCUCUGACAAAACAUAAUUUUACUCUCCAAAAACGUGGAGUUCACAUUUGUUCUCAAAAAUACAAUCCACAUUGAUUGUCUCUCCCCGUGGAAAAACCUGGUGAACACACUCACUGUCCACUCAAAGUUCACAUUUGUUCUCAAAAAUACAAUCCACAUUGAUUGUCUCUCCCCGUGGAAAAACCUGGUGAACACACUCACUGUCCACUCAUGCUACCUCUCUGUUUACAUGUGAAAACAUAGUCCGUUACAGGUUACAUUUGUGAACAAAAAAAAUGAUAUGUUAUAAUGCUCUAGAGUGAGCGACGUUACCACGAGUUGACUCACUAGCAACACAGAAAAAUAGGAUCUCAACCAAAAUGUGCUACACCAGAUUUGCUAUCCAGGGUUAUAAAUAGUGGAUAUUGCUGUUGCUGUUCUGUCCUGGUCUAUGAGGUUUACAUUAAUACAGUUUUGACCACUGUCAGGAAAGUUGAUAAAAGUUGUGCUCUUUAAUUUUUUUAAUAUUUUUUUUUCCUUCUCUUUUCAGAAAUCACAACUCAAAAGUUCUUGUCCACUGUAAGAUGGGCGUCAGCCGCUCUGCUUCAACUGUAAGUCAAGUGUUGCUGUCUCUUUCAAGUGUUGUUGUCUCUUUCAAGUGUUGUUGUCUCUUUCAAAUUGUUGCUGUCUCUUUCAAGUGUUGCUGUCUCCUUCAUAUGUUGCUGUCUCAUCAUUGGCUGCAAUAUUAUUUUCAAGUGGACAAUUAAAAUUCAGUACUUUACCUUUGGUCUAUUUUUUAAAAUGCUUUUUUUAAAGUGUGCAUGCCAUUUUUUGCAGGUGAUGGCCUAUUUAAUGAAAGAGAAGCGCUGGACCGUGGAUGAGGCCUACAACUUUGUAAAAGAGCGCCGUGGCUGUGUGCACCCUAAUUCUGGUUUCUUGGGGCAGUUGCACACCUACCAGGGAAUAUUGACUGCAAGGUACUGGGGGGGGGGGGGGGGGGUGGUGUCACUUUGCUUCUAUUAAAUGGGGUCCCAACUCAAAAAGAGAGAAAGAAACUGUGACCUAUGCCUUACUAGAGGUAGCACAGAGUUAUGAUUAUCCAUGUACUAUUUUUAAUAAGAUCUGUCUUCCUGCAAGUGUGGGUUUAGUCCCUUGCAAAAAAAACAAAAAACAAAGUAAUAACCUAUGAGAUAGCCGAAAACUUUCCACCAGUGGCUCUCAAAGUGGUGAUCCUUAGUCACCAACUGUUAAAAGGUGAAAAAAGUUUAACAGAGCAGGCAAAGCUAUUUUUAAAAAAACUUAAUUGUAUUAGAAUAGGCAAGUCCAUCAAAGCUGCAGAGAUAUUCCAGGAUCUCUAAGCUAGUUCACUAAUCCAUUUAUAUGUCACAUGCUCAUUAAGUAAAAAGCACUUAUUCCCCUUUAGUACUGUAAGUACAUAUUUAAACAAUGAUUUUUGCAGUUUCAUUUUUUAAAAUUCAAUUAUUGAAAUUUUUCCAAUUUUUUUGUGUUAAAUUCAUUACUGAGUGAUUAUUUUGUAUUGAUUCAUAGUAUUUGCUCUAAUACGUAAUUUAAUUAUUUUUUUUUUACACUGCGUUGCAGCAACAAGCGAGACAUAUUCCGCAGCAAGUCAGACCAGAAUCUGCUUGAUGAGGGCCCAGUAGAAAACGUGGAACACUCACAGGGCUCUUUUUUAGGGGACAGCCUCUUCACUAUGAUGUCGCACUCUGAUUGGCCAAUGGCCUCUGGGGGUGCGGCUCAUAAGGAAGAGUGGCUCAGGUCUUUACAAACAGGUAUUGUGCUGAUAAAUUUCAAGGAUAAGAAACACCAUUUAUUGGGGUAGGGGAAAGCUUGACUAAGGUUAGAUGAAGGUAAUGAAAGUUUUUCAAAAAGCCUUCUGAAACUUCAACAAACAAACACAUUCUUUAACCUAUUCAAAUAAAUGAUAAUGAUGAAGAAAAUCUCCAUUAAAAAAAAUCUAAAAGCAAGACAAGAAUCCACCAGCAUGAAAUAAAAUUGGAUGUGUUGAUGCAAAAAUUUAUCUUCCUUCAUCCAAAAAACCCUUAUCCAUAAUAACCAUCUCUAUGGUCUAUCCAUGGGUUGGUACAUUGGAUCAAAUAACCCAGCGGUUCUCAAGCUGUGGGUCGCGACCUCUUUGGGGGUCACACGACCCUUUCCCAGUGGUCGCCUAAGACCAUCAGAAAACACAAAUACUGUACAGUUAUGACGUGGCAACGAAAAUAAUUUUGUGUUUGGGGGGUCGCCACAACAAUGGAAACUUGUAUUAAAGGGUCGCGGCAUUAGGAAGGUUGAGAACCACUGAACUAACCUUUGUUUUCAUGAACGGAUCUGUAAUGCUUGAUCUUAAAUCUAUCUAUGUUUACAUCCACAGAGAUUGCCCCAGGUCUGGAUAUGAUGCACAUGGACACAGACUUGGAGACGGCCGAGUCAAGAAGUGCCGAUUCGGUCGAGGACAUUCCGCCUGACGUACCCACCCCACCGCCUUUAGAAGUCCCCACAGAAUUUCCGUCAGGCCCCGCGGCAGUGCACACCCCUGUCAGUGUUGUAACCUCAGAUUCAAGGACAGGCUCAGAGCUGAGGUCACCGGAUGUUGAAAUGAUGGAGAGUGACCUAUCCUCGUCUCAGUUUCCGCUAAGCGCCACAGACAGAAUGUUGGCGUCGCACCAGCUGUCUGCAAAUUCUGGGUCUCUUGGAUCUAGAAUAAAGCCAGAUAGUUCGUGGAUAAAACUGGAUUCUGUGGAUAUGCUCAGUGAUAGAGAGGAUGACACCCUUCAUUCAGAACAUCAGAUGGACAGCACAGCAAUUUUAAUGGAUGCUAAUCCUACAGUCGGCUCAAAUACAGGGGAGAAUUAUUUCCUUCCAGGUGCCACCCUGCUAGAACCAGCAGGUCAAAGUGAUCUGAUGUCUACACCCUCGCUAACGUCCACCCCAUCACUGACAUCUACUCCCUCGCUGACAUCUACGCCCUCGGAGUCGAGGAUUUCGGGGAGCAUUUUAACUACUUCAACAACAGCUACCACCCCUACUUUUGCUAAAACCAGCCAGACUAAUAUCUCUGCCUGGGAAGACGUCUGCGACAGCACCGCUAAAUCCGACCACGUCACGCCCCAUGACGAACCCAUCGCUAGAGUUCCUCUGAUAGUUGUUGACUCUAAUGUGUACCAACCGCACGCUUACCCAGGGGCAUUCUCUGCCUUCCCCAGCUCAAGUCUUCAUGACACAGCACCUCAUAAAAUUACGGGCCAGUCGUCAGUACAAAAUGAAGUCCACUCACCUAAACCAGUUGGCCACCUGCAACACAAACCAGCCAGUGAACCACACAGCCCAGAAGGUGCAGUGGAACCACAAGAGAAAUGCAUGGGGACGAGUGAACUGGUAGCACAAAAAUCAACCGAGGAGCUCAAGUCAGACACUCCAAAACAAGCUAAAAUACCCUUCAGUAAAAUUGAACUGGGGGUGCGUCAGUAUUUUCUUAGGGAAAAAAUCCCAUGGCUGCCUGGAAAGGUGAGGCGUCGGCUUAACUUGUUUCUCUCUUGUAGUCACUUCUGAGAAGCAGAUCUGAUAAUUGUAUAAGCUUUUGUUUGUUAUUUUGAGCUAUUAGUGUAACCCCAUCAUUGUGUAAAAUAGGAUUUCAACCAAAUUUAAAAGUAUUUUAGUUAAGCUUUUGUUUAUCAUCUUGAUAAUCUUAGGGAUGUCAAAACGACUAACAAAAUGGAUCAAAUUUUUAUCAACGCAAUUUAAAAAAAAAAUUUGUUUAAUAUUACCAAUAUCUUCGUUAAACCAUACCUUCAAAAUGUCAAUUCUAUAUUUAAAUAUCACAGAAACAACAAAAAAGUGGGGGGGGAGGCGGCUGAAAAUUAUGGGAUUACCUAACUUAGCAAAGUUACUAAAAAAAAAUUUUUGUUCUUCUAUAUUGUCAGGUGAAAAAGUUAAGGGAGGACAUCAACAAGACAGGUCAAAUGCUACAGGGAAAUGAUUCAGAAGAAUUAGACCCAAACUUUCUUCAAGAAAUUCCUGCUUACAAAGGUAAGAAUAAGAUCUGUAGGCUAGGGGAUCAUUUUUCGCAAAUUUACUUGUUUGACUUGUGAUACAUGACUCAGUAAUGUAACCCAGGUGAUAUCAAGAUACGAUGAUUGCCCCGUGUGGGAUUGAUUAUAUUGAUGUAGACAAGAUAAGUUGAUUGUCCCAUGGGGGAUUGAUGUUGUAGACAAGAUAAGUUGAUUGUCCCAUGGGUGAUUGAUGAUGUAAACAAGAUAAGUUGAUUGUCCCAUGGGUGAUUGAUGAUGUAAACAAGAUAAGUUGAUUGUCCCAUGGGUGAUUGAUGAUGUAAACAAGAUAAGUUGAUUGUCCCAUGGGGGAUUGAUGUUGUAGACAAGAUAAGUUGAUUGUCCCAUGGGUGAUUGAUGAUGUAGACAAGAUAAGUUGAUUGUCCCAUGGGGGAUUGAUAAUGUAGACAAGAUAAGUUGAUUGUCCCAUGGGUGAUUGAUGAUGUAAACAAGAUAAGUUGAUUGUCCCAUGGGGGAUUGAUAAUGUAGACAAGAUAAGUUGAUUGUCCCAUGGGGGAUUGAUGAUGUAGACAAGAUAAGUUGAUUGUCCCAUGGGUGAUUGAUGAUGUAAACAAGAUAAGUUGAUUGUCCCAUGGGGGAUUGAUGAUGUAGACAAGAUAAGUUGAUUGUCCCAUGGGGGAUUGAUGAUGUAGACAAGAUAAGUUGAUUGUCCCAUGGGGGAUUGAUGAUGUAGACAAGAUAAGUUGAUUGUCCCAUGGGGGAUUGAUGAUGUAGACAAGAUAAGUUGAUUGUCCCAUGGGUGAUUGAUGAUGUAAACAAGAUAAGUUGAUUGUCCCAUGGGGGAUUGAUAAUGUAGACAAGAUAAAUUGAUUGUCCCAUGGGUGAUUGAUGAUGUAAACAAGAUAAGUUGAUUGUCCCAUGGGGGAUUGAUGUUGUAGACAAGAUAAGUUGAUUGUCCCAUGGGGGAUUGAUGAUGUAAACAAGAUAAGUUGAUUGUCCCAUGGGUGAUUGAUGUUGUAGACAAGAUAAGUUGAUUGUCCCAUGGGGGAUUGAUGAUGUAGACAAGAUAAAUUGAUUGUCCCAUGGGGGAUUGAUAAUGUAGACAAGAUAAAUUGAUUGUCCCAUGGGGAUUGAUAAUGUAGACAAGAUAAUUUUAUUGUCGUAUGGGGGAUUGAUGAUGUAGACAAGAUAAGUUGAUUGUCCCAUGGGGGAUUGAUGAUGUAGACAAGAUAAGUUGAUUGUCCCAUGGGGGAUUGAUGAUGUAGACAAGAUAAAUUGAUUGUCCCAUGGGGGAUUGAUGAUGUAGACAAGAUAAGUUGAUUGUCCCAUGGGGGAUUGAUGAUGUAGACAAGAUAAGUUGAUUGUCCCAUGGGGGAUUGAUGAUGUAGACAAGAUAAGUUGAUUGUCCCAUGGGUGAUUGAUGAUGUAGACAAGAUAAGUUGAUUGUCCCAUGGGGGAUUGAUGAUGUAGACAAGAUAAGUUGAUUGUCGUAUGGGGGAUUGAUAAUGUAGACAAGAUAAGUUGAUUGUCCCAUGGGGGAUUGAUGAUGUAAACAAGAUAAGUUGAUUGUCCCAUGGGUGAUUGAUGUUGUAGACAAGAUAAGUUGAUUGUCCCAUGGGGGAUUGAUGAUGUAGACAAGAUAAAUUGAUUGUCCCAUGGGGGAUUGAUAAUGUAGACAAGAUAAAUUGAUUGUCCCAUGGGGAUUGAUAAUGUAGACAAGAUAAUUUUAUUGUCGUAUGGGGGAUUGAUGAUGUAGACAAGAUAAGUUGAUUGUCCCAUGGGGGAUUGAUGAUGUAGACAAGAUAAGUUGAUUGUCCCAUGGGGGAUUGAUGAUGUAGACAAGAUAAAUUGAUUGUCCCAUGGGGGAUUGAUAAUGUAGACAAGAUAAAUUCAUUUUCCCAUGGGGGAUUGAUAAUGUAAACAAGAUAAGUUGAAUGUCGUAUGGGGGAUUGAUGAUGUAGACAAGAUAAUGUGAUUGUCCCAUGGGUGAUUGAUGUUGUAGACAAGAUAAGUUGAUUGUCCCAUAGGGAUUGAUGAUGUAGACAAGAUAAGUUGAUUGUCCCAUAGGGAUUGAUGAUGUAGACUAGAUAAAUUGAUUGUCCCAUGGGGGAUUGAUAAUGUAAACAAGAUAAAUUGAUUGUCCCAUGGGGGAUUGAUGAUGUAGACAAGAUAAAUUGAUUGUCCCAUGGGUGAUUGAUGUUGUAGACAAGAUAAGUUGAUUGUCCCAUAGGGAUUGAUGAUGUAGACAAGAUAAGUUGAUUGUCCCAUAGGGAUUGAUGAUGUAGACUAGAUAAAUUGAUUGUCCCAUGGGGGAUUGAUGAUGUAGACAAGAUAAAUUGAUUGUCCCAUGGGGGAUUGAUGAUGUAGACUAGAUAAGUUGAUUGUCCCAUAGGGAUUGAUGAUGUAGACUAGAUAAAUUGAUUGUCCCAUGGGGGAUUGAUAAUGUAGACUAGAUAAAUUGAUUGUCCCAUGGGGGAUUGAUAAUGUAGACUAGAUAAGUUGAUUGUCGUAUGGGGGAUUGAUGAUAUAGACAAGAUAAGUUGAUUGUCCCAUGGGGGAUUGAUGAUGUAGACAAGAUAAGUUGAUUGUCCCAUGGGGGAUUGAUGAUGUAGACAAGAUAAGUUGAUUGUCCCAUGGGGGAUUGAUGAUGUAGACAAGAUAAAUUGAUUGUCCCAUGGGGGAUUGAUAAUGUAAACAAGAUAAAUUGAUUGUCCCAUGGGGGAUUGAUGAUGUAGACAAGAUAAGUUGAUUGUCCCAUGGGGGAUUGAUGAUGUAGACAAGAUAAAUUGAUUGUCCCAUGGGGGAUUGAUGAUGUAGACAAGAUAAGUUGAUUGUCCCAUGGGGGAUUGAUGAUGUAGACAAGAUAAGUUGAUUGUCCCAUGGGUGAUUGAUGAUGUAGACAAGAUAAGUUGAUUGUCCCAUGGGGGAUUGAUGAUGUAGACAAGAUAAAUUGAUUGUCCCAUGGGGGAUUGAUAAUGUAAACAAGAUAAGUUGAUUGUCCCAUGGGGGAUUGAUAAUGUAAACAAGAUAAGUUGAUUGUCCCAUGGGUGAUUGAUGAUGUAGACAAGAUGAGUUGAUUGUCCCAUGGGGGAUUGAUGUUGUAGACAAGAUAAAUUGAUUGUCCCAUGGGGAUUGAUAAUUUAGACAAGAUAAGUUGAUUGUCGUAUGGGGGAUUGAUGAUGUAGACAAGAUAAAUUGAUUUUCCCAUGGGGGAUUGAUAAUGUAAACAAGAUAAGUUGAUUGUCGUAUGGGGGAUUGAUGAUGUAGACAAGAUAAUUUGAUUGUCCCAUGGGUGAUUGAUGUUGUAGACAAGAUAAGUUGAUUGUCCCAUGGGGGAUUGAUGUUGUAGACAAGAUAAAUUGAUUGUCCCAUGGGGAUUGAUAAUUUAGACAAGAUAAGUUGAUUGUCGUAUGGGGGAUUGAUGAUGUAGACAAGAUAAAUUGAUUUUCCCAUGGGGGAUUGAUAAUGUAAACAAGAUAAGUUGAUUGUCGUAUGGGGGAUUGAUGAUGUAGACAAGAUAAUUUGAUUGUCCCAUGGGUGAUUGAUGUUGUAGACAAGAUAAGUUGAUUGUCCCAUGGGGGAUUGAUGAUGUAGACAAGAUAAAUUGAUUGUCCCAUGGGGAUUGAUAAUGUAGACAAGAUAAGUUGAUUGUCCCAUGGGUGAUUGAUGAUGUAGACAAGAUAAGUUGAUUGUCCCAUGGGGGAUUGAUAAUGUAAACAAGAUAAAUUGAUUGUCCCAUGGGGGAUUGAUGAUGUAGACAAGAUAAAUUGAUUGUCCCAUGGGGAUUGAUGAUGUAAACAAGAUAAGUUGAUUGUCCCAUGGGGGAUUGAUGAUGUAAACAAGAUAAGUUGAUUGUCCCAUGGGGGAUUGAUGAUGUAGACAAGAUAAAUUGAUUGUCCCAUGGGUGAUUGAUGAUGUAGACAAGAUAAGUUGAUUGUCCCAUGGGGGAUUGAUGAUGUAGACAAGAUAAAUUGAUUGUCCCAUGGGGAUUGAUGAUGUAAACAAGAUAAGUUGAUUGUCCCAUGGGGGAUUGAUGAUGUAGACAAGAUAAAUUGAUUGUCCCAUGGGGGAUUGAUGAUGUAGACAAGAUAAAUUGAUUGUCCCAUGGGAGAUUGAUGUUGUAAACAAGAUAAGUUGAUUGUCCCAUGGGGGAUUGAUGAUGUAGACAAGAUAAGUUGAUUGUCCCAUGGGGGAUUGAUGAUGUAGACAAGAUAAGUUGAUUGUCCCAUGGGUGAUUGAUGAUGUAGACAAGAUAAAUUGAUUGUCCCAUGGGGGAUUGAUGUUGUAGACAAGAUAAAUUGAUUGUCCCAUGGGGGAUUGAUGUUGUAGACAAGAUAAGUUGAUUGUCCCAUGGGUGAUUGAUGAUGUAGACAAGAUAAGUUGAUUGUCCCAUGGGGGAUUGAUGAUGUAGACAAGAUAAGUUGAUUGUCCCAUGGGGGAUUGAUAAUGUAAACAAGAUAAGUUGAUUGUCCCAUGGGGGAUUGAUAAUGUAAACAAGAUAAGUUGAUUGUCCCAUGGGUGAUUGAUGAUGUAGACAAGAUAAAUUGAUUGUCCCAUGGGGGAUUGAUAAUGUAGACAAGAUAAGUUGAUUGUCCCAUGGGGGAUUGAUAAUGUAGACAAGAUAAGUUGAUUGUCCCAUGGGGGAUUGAUAAUGUAGACAAGAUAAGUUGAUUGUCCCAUGGGGGAUUAAUGUUGUAGACAAGAUAAGUUGAUUGUCCUAUUGGGGAUUGAUAAUGUAGACAAGAUAAGUUGAUUGUCCCAUGGGGGAUUGAUGUUGUAGACAAGAUAAGUUGAUUGUCCCAUGGGGGAUUGAUAAUGUAAACAAGAUAAGUUGAUUGUCGUAUGGGGGAUUGAUGAUGUAGACAAGAUAAUUUGAUUGUCCCAUGGGUGAUUGAUGAUGUAGACAAGAUAAGUUGAUUGUCCCAUGGGGGAUUGAUGAUGUAGACAAGAUAAGUUGAUUGUCCCAUAGGGGCUGUAGCUCCAUGUCCCCAUAGUAGGCUUACAUGGCCAGGUUUUUGUCAGUACUUGAGACCCCAUUCAUAAGCUUCUUGAGCAAGUUCUAAUAGGUUUAAAAAAAAAAAUUAAUUUUAGACACAAAUUGCUUAUGUUAACAAUUUUAUUUCGGGAAAAAUUUGACAAAUUACUCAAAUACCCACAUCAAGACUAAUCAAGUCCAUAUCUAAAUGUAUGUUUUUUUUAUUGAAUCUCUCGAGCUUUGUGGAAAAACAGAAAAGUAUAUUUAAAGAGGAAACCUUUCUCAAUCCCUGACUCAGUGGAGAUGAUUGUUAGACUAAUAUUUAUUGUAUUUAUACGUUAAUUUAGUGAUGUGGAGCAAUGUGUGCCUAAUUUUUAGCUUGUCUUAUUUAGAGUUUGAAGUUGAGUUGGCAAAGAACACCAUUUGAUCUCCUCAAACUUUUUUUUUUCAUGGCACAGGGCCUUCAACAGAGCUGGUAGACGACCGUAACCUCCUUGACAAAGUGUCUGACCCUCAGCAGAGCAUCGGGCUGUCCCAGUCUCACAGCUGCAUGGAGUUGUGCACAUUGGCAGACCCUGAGUCCAGUCACAUGACACUGUAUGAGAAGGAAGAGAUUCCACUGGAACCUGGCACAGUCAUGAGGACAAGACAAGAGAUAGAAGACAGACAAAGGUAU